AUGUCACCAAUCUCGUUCUACAACAAUCGUUCGAAGAUUAAUGUUCAUUACCAUCCACCGAAAACGGAAUUCACAAACCAACAUCAAUGUCCAACUGCAAAAUUUGAAUAUGAUAAUUUACAUAUAUUAGCCAAACGAGAAACUCUUCCGUUCAGUGAACAAGGACAAUUCAAUGAUCGAGUUAUAUGUGCAAAUAAACGUAUCCCUGAAACAAUUAUACAUUGUUCAGUAAAUAAUCGAGUAUAUGAUAGAGCAAUGAUACAAAAAUCUUCGACGACUGAAAAUAUUUCUGUGUCACGUCCGUUCAAUACGCACAUGUAUCGAUUACCAACCUCGUCUUCAUCGAAAGAGAUUAGGCCAAUGGAUUAUCGACCAAUAAUCACUCAGGGACGUCGCAAAUUCGGUGCAACCCCAACUUCGUCAUCGUUGAUCAUAAUGAAAAAGAAAUCGCCAUCGCCGAUGCAUCCUACUUCAUCUAUUCAGAAACCAUUGACUCGUUCUAUUCCAGUCGAUAUUAUAAGUAAUAAUAUGGCAAUAGUUGUUAGUUCGAUGAUACCAUUAUCAUAUUCUUCUUCUUCUUCCUCUCCACCAUCCUCGACCUCAGCUUCGUCGACAAACGUCGGAACCGUUUUCCUACCAAUUCAAGUGACAAAAAGCCAAAACAACAAUAAGAACAACAGCAACAGCAAUAAUAAUAAUAGUAAUAAUAGCAACAAUCGUAUUAACUAUAGCAAUAUCAAUAUUGGAAAUGAAGGCCAACGAUGUUAUCAACAUUAUGUUCAAAAUCAACCCGAACGGCAACAAAUCUUUCUCUUUCCACAAGUCAAAAGUUCAAACUAUUGGGAUGAUGAGUUCGAUGAAUCAAGAAGAAUCUCUUCUUCAUCUUCCACCGGUGGAGAAGGUAAUCAGCAAUAUCGAUCAACUUUAAUCAUGGAUUCGAAUGUUCUACGUUUGAUUCGUCGUUAUGAUCCAGGAAGUUCAAAUACUACUGGAAUCGUACCACGUACGGCGUUGGACACUACUCGAAAUAUCUGGCAUACGGUUGCAUCGAAAAUCGACUACAUACAACCGUCCGAAUCGUCUUCAUUUCUAUUAAAUCGAUCACAGACAGGCAUCUACGACGAUGAGAUACCACUUAGACAAUCGUCACUGCCGCGUCUUCAACGACAAGAAGCUAUUUACGAUGUGGAGCCAGUGUCGAGUCCAGUCAAUUCAUUACGACCUAUACUUAAAUAUGGAUCAUCGAGAUCACGUUCGGAAUUUUUUGUUGAUCCCCAUGUGAAUGAAUCGUUUAAAGGAGAAAGUGGAUUACCUAUCAAUGAGAGUGCCGCUACAUAUCAACCAUUAAUUCCUUCAGGAGCAAAACGUGUGUGUUCAGCGUUAAGUAAAUCUGAAUGGGAUUUACGUUUGCAACAAGAACAAUCACCUCCACCAUUACCAAUUCGUCCGUCAUCGCCGAUAAUAACUAAUCCAGAGCAGGAAAAAGAAUCUUAUCGACCUGUACUUGGCCGUAGUAAAAGUUCAAUGGAUAUUAACAAUAAAAACGAUGAUGACAACUCAAAUGAACCUUCCUUGCCAAUCAUCGACGAUGGUUCAUGUGUAGAAAAACUGAAGCAGUUAUUCGUAACAAAAACAUCACACGAUCCACCUGGCCAUCAACGAAACAACUCAACAGAUUCAAACUCAAAUUCAAACCAACGUCAAAAUUCGAUUCAUAAUAAUAACAAUACUAAUAAUAAUAGUAAUAACAAUAAUAAUAGAUUAGAUCAGUCGUCUGCAUUACCGAAAACAACACCUUUAAUCAACACCAGUGGAUCUGAUCAACGUCAUAUUAAUAAACCAACAAUCAUCGUUCGUGAUGUUACACCACAAUUUCCCUCAUUUAAAAAGCCGUCUACGUUUCAACAACAAACCUUCAGCAGUCUGGAAUCAGUUAAUCGUCCGAAUAACGGUAAUACAAUGUCUCCAUCUGAACUCGCCUACGACAUGUACCGUAUGUGUCGUUUAAAUGAACACGAUCUCAUCAACACGCGUACGAAAAAUAUCGCCAAAGUUGAGCCGUAUUCCAUCAACACGAAUACAGUUCGUCCGUACUAUCAAUCAUCAUCAGCAAUAUUACAACCUAUUUCAAUGACAAAUAAAUUGCCAGCAAUAACAACAACAACAACAACAGUAGCAGCAGCAGCAGCAGCUAUACCAUCAAAAGAACGUAUUAAUCUUAAUAGUAUGGAAAACACGCCUACGAAUUCAUCAAUGAAUUCCAAUAUCCGCCAACCUCAUGUCCACUAUUCAGAUUUUCUUGUACCUAAUCCAUCCUAUCCAAAGCCAUCACCGCCGCCUCUGUCGAAUUUAUCUUCGUAUACAACACCACCGGUUCUACUAUCCGAAUCACUUUCACAUGGAUCAUUACAUCAACUACCAACUAUUACUUCGCCAUCAUUCAAUGGACGCACUGCCGGCUUGACUUCAUCAAGACAUAAUUCUCCGUCGAUGCAGGCAGAUUUUCAAUCAAGCAUACAUUCACCGAGUAAUAACUAUAAUUUUAACCCUCCGACAUCGUAUCACUAUCGUCCACCAUCCUUAACGACAACUAUCAUUAACAAUAGUCGACAAGGAUCGGAUCUACCUAAACGUUCAAAUUUUGUUGAUCAAGCACCGCCUCCGGCUCCACCGUUGCCUGUUGUAGAAGAUUUGAAUAACGACGGUCAAGCACAUCAAUCGCGUCGUCGUUUCCAAAGACGUAAACAAAUGAAACGUUCGAAAAGUGUUGAUUUAUAUCAAGAACCUUCAUUAUUUGCUUCUCCAACAAAUACGUAUGAUUCGUCUCGUUCUUUUCGACAUCCACGUUCGAUAAGUCGAGAGAAUCUCGCACGACAAGAAGAUUUAACAUUAUCAUCAUCUUCUUCCACUUCAUCCUUAACCGACGAUAUUGAGCGUACCAACCGAGCGGCUUUACUUCGUUAUAAAUCACUCGAGUCAAUGACAUUUCAUAAUCAAAGUCGCAUCUCGAAUCGAAAAUCAACCGAUGGUUAUCGACGUCCCUUCACGAAAUCCAAACAAUACGAUUUUGACAGUGACGAUUCUGUCUGUGGUAUACCGAAACCGCGCAAGCUUUGCACAAGCUCAAAAAAUGCCGCAAAAUCCGAAGGCACAUUACUUCAUCCGUCGACACCAGACAAAGAUUCUCGACAUGGUGCACAACAUCAUAUCGGUAGUAGUGGUACGCAUACUGGUAUCACAAAUUCCGUUCGAAAGAAUGAAACACGAACCGAAAGGAAACAUCCCACGGUUGAAUCGACUCCUUCUACACGAUCCAAUGCAAUAUCAACACCGAUUAUCACAAGAGAAAAAGAAGGAGAUGACAUUAUGCAACAAUCGAAAGCAGGUAUAAGUUUAACAGAAUCGCAAUUCUAUGCGCGAACAUCGAAUACACCACAAACAAAACGAUCGGACUUAAAUGAAAGAAAAAUGGAUGAGAUAUCGCACGAUAAUGUCGCCGAUCUACAAUUAAGCAGAAAUCAAAUGAUCCGUGAUAAUGUGUUACCAAUACAUUGGGUCAGAGAUGAAAAAACAGUACAAAAGCAAGAAUCCGUUCUCAAUGAACCUGUUGACACGAAUUCUCCUUCGAUGAUUCGACCAGUACGACCAUUAUCGAGCACAAGUGUUAUCAAUCCUUUUGAGCGUCUUCGUCCAAUGGAUAUGCAAAAUAAGCCGCAUGAAUCCAUAGAUGUAUCUUUACAAAUCUUCGAUCAACUAUCGAAUUCAUCGAGUCAACCUAUACCACAACAGAAAAUUUCAUUGGAAUCGGUUCCUGCAAACAAAUUAACACGAAUGUCGGCGGAACCAAUCGACGAUAAUAACGAUUCAUCCACAUCCACAGCGACGAAUCGUUCAAUUCAUCUACCUGUUGAAAAACAACGUGGCAUGUCCGAAAUCAUACGGAAACGUAAUAGUCGUUCGAAAGUCGAAGAUUACAAACGAUCGAUUCAAAAAGCUAGCACAUACGAUGAAGAUCAGCAUACGAUUUCAUCGAAAACUGAGCAUGAAUUAUCAUCCGUGAUGGAAAAUGCUUCACCAACGGACCGAAAACCUAAACAAAUCAAUAAAGCAUUUUCUGUCGAUGUACCUAUCAGUUUCGAACAUAGUAAUGAUAAUCGCGCACAGAUGUCAAUCGAAAGAUUGAAUGUCUUAUUAUCAAAUGAAGAAUUACGAGAUGUAACGAAUGAAUUGGAUGAAAAAGCAAGUGUUGCCGAUAAGAAAAGUUUAUUUGAAACAUUCUCAAAGGAUCCAAAACUUGGAGGAACUUUACCUCGAUCAAAAUCGUUCAAAACUGAGGAGCCUGCACCACCGGCAAGAAGACUCAGUAUAGAGAAUCAACGUUUUGAAAAAGAAGAUCAACCUAAACCCGACAGUCCAACCGAAAAGAAGCAACCCGAAGAUGAAACAUUCGACGAUGAUAUUUCAAAACUAUCAUUCAAAGAAAAAAUGACUUUGUUCAAAAAGAAAAAUAUCAUCGGAACACCGACGCUAGCAGUAGCCAAACCGAAUCGAAGUCGACUUACACAACCAAUUACAGCCGAAGAAGUUCAAGCUGCUGUGAACUUCACUCCACCAUCGAGUACAAAAGAUUUAACUGAAAUUCCUCCUGAAAUAUAUGAAUACCUUGAGCAUGAUCAUUUAUUUUUAUCAUCGUCCAACGCACGAGAAACCGAUCUGCAUGAAGUGUAUAAAUACACAUUUGAUGAAACAAGCAAAACCAAUCCACCCGACCAAGACAUAAUCCUACCGGUGAGCAAAAGAUUGGAGCAAUUCAAAAUACUUGGUGAACCCGAAUUGAUAAAGCCACACAAACUUAUGGAAGAACAUAAAAGCACACGUAAAACACCAACAAUGAAAUACAGUGCGAAGAAAACCAAUACUGAACAGCAACAACGUGCGAAAACUGUUGAUAUUGUUCGUCUCAAAACUGACUCAACUAUUAAACCCAAGGAUGCUAAUCAAAUAUCGAUAUCCACGAAGACCAGAAAUGGCACAACAUCCGCAAAGCCGAAUCAGAAUGUCGUUUCGGUAUUAAAAUCGGACACAGUAUCGGUAUUAAAGCCUGAUGAUCAUCUGGACGAUUUCUUUGGAGAUGGAAAUAAGUUGUUCGAUAAUGAAUCAUCAAUUCACCUUGAUGUCGAUGAUCUCGAUCGUAUUGCCGAGAAUACUGUUCGAUUGCAAUCUCAACCGGCACGUGUUCGGCCACCACGCCGUCAGCAACAAGGAGCAAAGAAUCCUCUGCGUCAAAUUCAAGCAACUGUACCAACAGAGAACGAAUACACUGAAGUUCGCACCGAUCUUUCAGAACAAGAAGUUCGUCGAAUCAAACGAGCACAAAUUGGUGAAAAUGCUGGUCUAGCUCAAGAAGCGUUGGCUGCACUAGCAGCAACAGAAAAUUUCGCUGAAAUAAGCUUACGCAAAGUCGAUCUCUCUCCCGUUGUCAAAUUCGGUUAUGAACCCUACAAGGAAACGAUGCUUAUCCUAAUAAAAGGCCGUCGUCAAUGUUCGUUGCGGUUAAUUAAUCCCAUUUAUGACUCAAUCAAUGAAGGCGAUUGCUAUCUAUUAAUAACACCAUUGAAAGUCUUUGCAUGGAUCGGUCGUUACGCGAAUACAUUAGAAAAGGCAAGAACAACAGAUCUAAUUGAUUAUCUAAGACAACAUCGUGAUUUCGGUUUACGUAACGAAGUGAAGUAUUUCAUCUUAGACCAGGCUAAAGAUGAUACAGAAGAUGACAGUCAUGCAGAAUUUCGUGAUAUGUUGCAUGGUGAAAUCGAUGAUUACAAGUCGAUGGACGAAGUCACAGAUGAUGAUGUUUAUGAGGCGAAUAUCACGGAAUUGACUCGCGUGUACCGAGUCGAAAAUGAUUUGUUAAUGCCAUUGGAGAAUUUUUGUUUCCGCUCAUUAUCGAUUCAAAUUCUUGAUCCUAAUGAAGUGUUUGUGUUUGAUUUUGGCGCUGAGCUCUACGUUUGGAACGGCAAGUUUGCUGAUAAAACGAAGAGAAACAUGGGUUUACAAUUAGGUCAACAACUUUGGAAUGACACAUACGAUUACAGUGAAUGUGCGCUCAAUCCAUUCGAUCCACUCGAUGAACAAGCUGAUCAAACUAUGUCCAGCGGUGCAGCUCGGCCGGAGUGGUGCAUAUUUGGAAAACAGAAUCAAAAUGUUGAAACAUUAUUAUUCAAAGGUAAAUUCUACGAUUGGCCAGGUGAUCUUCAAGAAUUGAAACCGGCCAGUGAUACGACAAACAAUGUCACUAAAACACCGUCCUCACAACGCCCUCCGUCGAUUCUCGAUACUCUUAAACCAGCUGAUGUGCAAAAGAUGCUUUCUAAGCCGGAUACUCCGGUCAAUCUAGUCCUCGAACAAGUUAGUUUAGGUCGAGGCAAACAUUGGUUUGAUCCUGUUGAAAUGCGCGGACAUGAAGUUCAAACGAAUUCGUUAGAUAUUUGGUACAUAAAUGAGAAUGAACGGUAUGAAUUACCGAAGUCAAGCUACGGUCAAUUCUACUCUGAUGAAGUCUAUAUCAUUCGUUGGAGAUACAAAUUAGUCACAAUAGUAAAUGGCAAAUCACCCGGACAGAAGCCGGACACAGGUCGAAAUCGCGUUGCGUAUUGGAUUUGGCAAGGUGCAAACACAAAUCCGAAUGAGAAAGGUAUUUCGGCAUUAAUGUCCGUGUUCUUCGACGAAGAAAAAGGUCCACAUAUCCAUGUUACGCAAGAACAUGAAGAUGCUACAUUUUUACAAUUAUUCGAUGGUACAUUAACUAUUCAUAUGGGUAAACGGAAUCAAUUGCCAGAGAAGAAAUCCAAUUGGCAUCUAUACGUUUUUCUUGGUGAACUUGCGGAAGAAACACAUUGGUGGGAACUGUAUAUAAGCACAGCUAAUCUACGUAGUCGAACAUCGUUGUUAUUGACAAAUAAUCAUGAAAAUCUAAUGUUACUCUGGCAUGGUUGUGGAACAACAGAUGAACAACAAAUAUUAGCUCAUCAAUCGGUGAUGAAAUUACGUGAACGAUGUCCAGAGGAAUUUCAUUUUGAAGGUGACAGUGAAGAUAUUGAAUUUUUCGAAAUGCAAGAAGGUGACGAGAUAGAACUGUUCUGGGAAGGAAUGAAUGAACGAAAUCAUCAACGACGAUAUUAUUCAUUACUAAAUGUACAAUCAAUUGCAAAACUCGCAUCAACGAUACGUAUCUUUCAUUUAUCGAGUCUACAUGGUCCAUUUGUUGCUCAAGAACUUCUUUAUCCUCUUCGUUCUCCCAAUCAUAUCUCACCAUUUCCAUUUACUCAAUCUGAUCUCUACGAACUUCACCAACCGGCUUUGUGUUUAAUCGACACAAAUGCGGAAUUAUACAUAUGGCAAGGAUGGAAUGAUCAAUCAGAUGUUGAGCAUUCGAAUAUCAAUGCAUCAGUUCGUGCUCCAAGAGACAUUCGAUUCACCACAGAACGUCGUUGCGCAUUUCUGACUGCUCUGAACUAUUACAAAGCAAAAACGGGUUCAUCCACACUUGAUCUACCUUGUUCGAUUGUCUAUGCUGGUUUAGAACCAAUCGAUUUUAUCAAUUUAUUUCCGAAAUGGAAUGUACAUAUCAAAGCUCGACAACGAAAUCAAAUGGAAGGUAAAAAAGUGAAUCAAAAAGAUUCAGUCAUCGAUGUACUCAAUAACUUGUGUCGAGAACAGUAUAGUAUUGAAGAACUUCGCGCUCGUCCAUUACCCGAAGGCGUUGAUCCAUCGAAAAUCGAAUCGUAUCUAUCGGAGACUGAUUUUCAAAAAGAAUUUCACAUGACGAAAGAUGAAUUUUAUGCUCUGCCAUAUUGGAAACAAACGAAUAUAAAGAAACCGCUUGGUUUUUUCUAA